AUGAGCAGCUUUGACUUGAAGCCUGGGGAUCGCCUCAACCAGUACCGUGUGGUCAAGGCCCUCGGUGCUGGCGCACAUGCCACCGUGUACCUGGUGCGCGCGGUGACCCCGGCCACCGAGGAGCCCGACCUCUCUGGUCUGGUGGAUUCCGAUGCCUUGGCGACGUCGACGCCGGCCUCGCCGGAGUUUCCCUGCAGCCAAUGCGCGGAGUCCAGCGAUUCGGAUUUCGGGUCCAGCAGCGACGAGGAGGGCCCCUCGUCACCUGGAUCACCAACGAGCCCGGCACGCCGUUGCCCUCACUCGCCCGACGACCCCGAGGCGUUCUCGCGCGCGCAGCUGGUCGCCCGUGCGGAUAGCUUGGCCCCGGAGAGCGAGCUUUUUGCCAUGAAAGUCAUUUCGAAGUCUCGCAUGAAGAAGCGUGUUGCUGCUUCGGUUUCGGCCACCGGUGGUCCAGGCAUCGGCCUUCGGUCUGGCCCGGGUGGUCGGCCCCUCCUCCGGCGUCCGCCUCCACGGCCCACCGCCACCGCGCCCAAUGCCCCAGCGCCCCCCCUGUCGCCCUUCGGCACGCCGAUGUCCCUUUCGCCGCAAGACACCGACGGAUUGGACAUGGUCCGCCGGGAGAUCGCCAUUAUGAAGAAGAUCCAUCAUCCGAACGCCGUGCGGAUUGUGGAGGUUCUGGAGCCGGACAAUUCCGAUCGCCUUUGUGUCGUCAUGGAGUAUGCUUCCAAUGGUCCGGUCAUGCGCAAGGUCUCCUCGGUGGCGAUUGACCCGGCGGUGAUCUCCGCCGUCCCCUGUGAGGCAGUCGCCCCGGACCAUGUGGAGAUUGUUGACGAGCCGCGCGGUGAGCUGGCGCUCGACCCGGAGGUCGCACGCCAGUCGGCCCGUGCCUUGCUCCUCGGCGUGGAGUAUCUCCAUUACAAUGACAUUGCCCAUCGCGAUCUCAAGCCGGAGAACCUGCUGGUCAUGGCCGAUGGGACGCUGAAGAUCGCGGAUUUCGGUGUCUCUGAGGAGUUCGAUUCGGGCCAGGGGGACCAGGUUCGCCGGUCAGCUGGCUCGCCUGCCUUCAUGGCACCGGAGCUUUGUGGUGCCAAGGCCGCCGAUGAGACCUUCUCCGCCAAGUCCGCCGACAUUUGGUCCAUGGGUGCUUGUGUGUUUAGCUUCCUCACCGGGCGAGUGCCCUUCCCUGCGUCCAACAUCGUGGCAACCUUCACCGCCAUUCGGGAGAACCCCCUGUGCAUCCCCAGCUACCUCGAUGAGGACUGCGUGGAUUUCCUUCGACGCCUUCUCAACAAGAACCCCGCUCAUCGUGCUUCUCUCACCGAGGCCCGGGUACGCCUGUGGGACUCUGUCGCUCUCGGUCUCCCUUGA